AUGGCGUCGUAUACGCCGUUCCUCCGCUCGGCACACGCAUGCACCGUGCGCGCCACGCCGCUAUACUGCAACAUGACACGCCCUAGCCAGGCGACCAUGCAGCCUCUGUCGCUUGCGGCACGCUGCCUGGCGACCUCGCGUCGUGUGUUCGACAAGAACGCGCCGACGAGCGCCAGCGCGGCCGAGCCCAAGGUACCGGAGCCGAAGAAGUUCUCGAUCAAGCCGUUUAUGGAGCUGGCGCGCGUGGACCGCCCGAUUGGCUCCUGGCUUUUGUUCCUUCCGUGCACCUGGUCGAUGACGCUGGCGUCGCACUUUACCGGCGCGCCCGUCUCGGUUUGGCUCACGAACCUGGCGCUGUUCGGCGCGGGCUCGUGGAUCAUGCGUGGCGCUGGAUGCACGAUCAAUGACAUGUGGGAUGCCAAGAUCGACGCGAAAGUUGAACGCACCAAGAGCCGCCCGAUCGCCUCGGGCGCCAUUACGCACACGCAGGCGACCAUGUUCCUCAGCCUUCAGCUGGCCGCUGGUCUUGCGGUGCUUGUGAACCUGAACACGUACAGUAUCAUUCUCGGAAGCGCCGCGCUGAUUCCGGUCAUUAUCUAUCCCUCGAUGAAGCGGCUGACCAACUGGCCGCAGAUCGGUAUGGGUCUGGCCUUUACCUGGGGCUCUAUGCUCGGCUGGUCGGCCAUCGCCGGCUCGUGCUACUGGCCGGCAGUCCUGCCGCUGUACGCUAGCACGACGGUCUGGGGCAUUGCCUACGACACGAUUUACGCGCACCAGGACAAGGUGGACGACGCGAAGACUGGCGUGGGUAGCACCGCCCUCUUCUUUGGUGACUACUGGACGAAGCCUGCGCUGGUCGCCUUUUCUGUUACGUGGAUGCUUCUGCUAGCCUACGCUGUGAACACCGAGUCGCCCAUUUUCCCCUCGUUCACUGACGAGGAGGGCAACGACCUGACGUGGCAGCAGUGGAUUGACCUGACGCUUGCUACCGGUCACCCCUUCUUUGCGGCGUCCUGGCUCGCGACGGUCGCCCACGUUGCCUGGCAAAUCCGCACCGUGCAGCUGAACAACCGCGCGGACUGCUUUGCCAAGUUCUGCAGCAACCGCACAGUGGGUCUCAUCAUCUUUGCUGGCCUUGCAGCGGACUAUCUGUACCAACUUGCGCAAGCCCCGCCACAGUCCCGCGUUGCAUCCACCGCCCAGGCGUAG